AUGGGCGGGUCGGGACAAAUGAGCCCACAGAGGGAAACUGUUGAUCAAGGCCGUGCAAGGAAGAAGGUUAAGAGCACGAUUCUUGUUUUGGUGUUGCGUCUUGCGUUGGUCGUGAGUGUUGGAGGAAAGCACCGUGCAGGGUGCGCCUGCCAGUGGAGUGAAUCAGAGUCACAGCGCGAGUGCCGGCAAGAAAACCAGGUGACGCUCUUUGACGCCAACCAUUGUCCUGGGGCUAUAAUGUUUCUGGUAGAAGGUGACGGGAGAGCGAUCUUGUACACCGGAGACAUUCGAAGUGAACCAUGGUUCGUUAAUGCGAUUUCCCGAAACCCCAACCUUGUCGAAUAUACAUCGGGUCUCAAAAUCCUCGAUAAGAUCUACCUUGACACGUCCUUCACUGAGAAUGUUCCGUUCGAGACAAAAGCCUAUGGUAUAGCCGAAUUAUUAAAGAAGGUUUCAAAGUACCCGAAAGAUACCGUCUUUCACUUUCAAGUUUGGACUUACGGCUAUGAGGACAUACAUGUCGAUAACUAUAAGCUGCACAUUUACAACUCGCUCAAAUCAAAGAACCCAAAGUCACAGUCCGAAGCGAAUGUACAUUUGACCGCUGAACCGCCAGCAUUAACUGGCCAUAUGUGUGGCAACACACCUCAGCCAGGAUGUCUGACUUCAGAUACAAACGUACGCUUACACAGCUGCGAAAGGGGAAGCAUGUGUGAAGUGGCGUCAAAGCCCGCGACUGUGUUGAUUCAGCCGAUCAUCACUCAUCUAUCUCCAGAAGAGGACUUGGCUGAGGUUGGCGUUGGAGGGGGAGGGGAAGACUUGAAACAGGGGGCCGAACUUGACUUGGACCAAGCUAGUUUAAACGUUCUUUUGAAUCUAGCCCGGUCCUCAUCUGCUACUUCGACCGACAUGCCAGACAUGCUUCGAGAGGGUUUAGAGCAGCUAGUCUCGGCAGGCAAUAACAUACCUCUGGAUUGGGACGCUGACACUUUGAGUACGCAUUCGGUCAAAGAGGUUGUUACUAUGCUUGUAAAAAAGUUGAGAAAGAACAGUAAGAACCAGAAGUCCGUCCAUGAGGAGGUGUUGCCCAAGAAGAUCUGUUUCCCUUACUCUAGGCAUUCUUCAUUGCCAGAGCUAUGCCACUUUAUUGAAGCCUUCCAGCCGAAAGAUGUAUGGCCAUGCACCAAAAGGCAAGCCAUGUGGAAUUACCGCCCUCGUAGAAUUACUAUUGGAUCAUUAUUUGGGCGAUUCUGUUCUGGCAUGGACUUUGAACAUGAUAGAGUCAUGCAAGCCCUAGCCGCUAAGCACGCAUUGGACAGUCAGAAUCAACAACACACCAGUCAAACAACUGUUAACUCAGACCUCGCGCCAAGCUUACCUAUCCACGAACCUCAGGAUUCUCAAGAACGAAGGCCUGGCAAUGUUGAGCCCAGGUUUGUGAGUCCUUUACUGGGUACCCAAGCGAGCGGUUACCAAGAGGAAACGACUUUCGGCCCAGAACAGCCAGGCGAUGUAAAUGCACUAUCUGAGAGUGUAUCGGUGCGCAAAACUAGCGACACCCACGUUGCGCAGCCGGGAGUUUUCCCACAAGAUCUUGACACUGCUUCGGAAGAAUUUGCUGGCAAUGUAUCUGACAACCGACCUCAUGCAUCUUCUACCAGAAAACGCGACUUCUCCAAUGUAUCCCAGGAUGUACCUAGAGAUGGAUAUCGAAAGGCGAACAACACAUUAGGCAGGUCACGCGACUUGAGAAUAUCAGAAAACUACUCUCUUGCUUGUCAAGAGGCUUAUUGGCAAAUGAUCCGAAAUCAGCAUGGGGAUACUCCUUGGACCCCCUUGCAGCUGAUAUCGACUAGUAGCGAGUAA